AUGGUGAUGCUAUGGGGCAAACCAAUUGGCGAUUCAGGCGCCGGUGAGGGAUCGGGCUCGGGUUCAGGAGCUGAGCAGUUCGGUGAGCAGAUGAAAGAGUUUAUUUCAGUAGAGGUUAUGCGCAGUAUUCUAGACCAGACUCUUGUGAUCUUUGGUUCGGUCAAGGAGGGCGUUUUAGAGCUUAUGGAUGAGAAGCUGGGAGCUUUUCGUACUGAGAUUAUUGCCAUGAUGGGUGCGCGUACCCUGAAAUUCCGAGAGUUCAGAGCUUGUGGAGCUCCAGAUUACAAUGGGGAUCGGGACCUCAUCCCGAGCAGCAGGUGGUUAGCCAAUGUUGCCAACGCUUUCUUUUUCUUACUUCUUGUGCUACUACUUGAGACUACAGCUGCCACCAACCAAUUGGUUGCAGUGGGAAGAGGAGGAGGAGGAGAUGGUAAUGGUGUUAUGAAAAAGUGUUUGGAUAACGAGAGACAUGCUCUUCUUGUUUUCAAAGCUCCCCUCCAAGAUCCCUUUGGUUGUCUCUAUACGUGGAGAGCUGAAGAAGAUGACUGCUGUAACUUCCUAAGCGGAAGACUUUCAAACUGUUUGUGGAAUUUUAAACAACUAGUAGUUCUCAAUCUAGAAGACAACAAUCUAUCUGGAAGACUUCCUCCCUCCAUUGCAUCUUUGAUAAAAUUAGAGAUUGGGGAAAACUUAUCGAGGUUGUAUGUUCUUAUCCUAAGAUCAAACAACUUCUCUGGAACCAUUCCUUUGCAAUUAUGUCGAUUACCAAAUCCUCAAAUUCUAGACUUGUCCAUAAACAAUCUCCAUGGAUCCAUCCCCUCAUGUUUGAAUAAUCUUACAAGCAUGGUUCGAGGAGGAUACCCUCAAAAUGUGCAUUACAUUUUGACAACUGAUUAUACAGGAAAUGCUAUUCUAAACCAGUAUAUUGACCAUGCGAUCGUCAAGUGGCAAGGAGAUGAACGUGAAUUCUUCAGAAAUCUGAGAUUGUUGAAGAGCAUUGACCUGUCAAGCAACAAUCUAACAGGUCAAAUCCCAUAUCAGAUUACAAAUCUUUAUGCAUUGAUUUCACUAAACUUAUCGAAGAACUCUCUAAUUGGAGAGAUUCCACACAAUAUUGGUCAGAUAAAACAGCUUUUAACUCUGGAUUUAUCUAGAAACAAUUUAUCAGGACAGAUACCAUCAAGCCUGUCUAAAAUGAGUUUAUUGAACGACCUAGACAUGUCAUUUAAUAACCUGUCAGGGAGAAUCCCAACAAGCAUCCAGCUCCAGUCCUUUCCACCUUCAAGAUACGAUGGAAACGCAGGACUAUGCGGACCCCCCCUUUCCAGAAAAUGUCCUGGAGAUGAAGAUUCAGAAGCAACAUCAAUCAAUGGUAAAAGCGAGGAUGAUGGAGAAGACAUAGAUGAAGUUUGGGGAUGGUUCUAUAUUGGUGGGGGAACUGGUUUUGUCACUGGAUUUUGGAUAGCAUGUGGCGCUUUACUUCUCAAUCAUCGAGGGAGACGUGCUUUUUUUCACUUUUAUGAUAGCUUCAAAGAUUGGGUUUAUGUGAAGAUUGUGGUGUUCAUUGCAAAUUUGCAAAGGGUUAGACAUACAUAG